AUGUCUCCGUUACUUGACGACAUGUAUAACGGGACUUCACCCGAAUCAUCUUUUCAAGUAGCUGAAACAUCAUAUAGGAAUGGUUAUUAUCUUGUGGAUGUGAUCUAUCCGGAGUGUGCUUGUUUUGUGAAGUCAUUGUCUUGUCCAAAUGAUUGUAAAAGGUUGAAGUUUAAGAGAGCUCAAGAGCGGGUGAGAAAGGAUGUUGAACGAGCAUUUAGAGCUUUGAAAAAACGUUGGCAUAUUCUUAAAUAUCCCGCACCAUAUAUGGAGGAGAAGAAAAUGAGAGAUGUGAUGUAUACUUGUAUCAUAUUGCAUAAUAUGACUCUUGAAGACGAAGGAAAUGCAAUAUGUGAGUAUGACGGAAACGAGAUCGUUCCACCGACACAAGCCUUUGUGGUUGGAAGCACGGAGUAUAUGUUGAGGAGGGCACUAGUUCAUGAUGUUGAGUCGCAUCAUGUUUUUCGUAGGGACUUGAUGGAACAUAUUUGGAAUGUUGACCACAUCGAUCUUAAAGUGGAACCGUUCGACGAUUUAGUAGGUCAAUUUUCUGAUGAAGAUGUCCUUUAA